GCAGAACUUCCGGCAGAGCCGGAAGAACAUUUCCCUCGCGGUUCCCAGAGAGCCCUUUUGCAGAACCAAGAGAGGAGAAGCGGGUUGGCCCUGGCGGCUCUCGAGUGUCUGCCCGGAGACCUGUUCUUGGCGCCAUGGGUGUAAUAGGUAUUCAGCUGGUUGUUACCAUGGUGAUGGCCAGUGUCAUGCAGAAGAUUAUACCUCACUAUUCUCUUGCUCGAUGGCUACUCUGUAAUGGCAGGAGCAAUGGUUCAGUGUUCGCGGCGACUUUAUAGAGCAUAACUACCGCGAAUACCGAGAAUCAACUUUUGAGGUGGUAUCAACAUCCUUCAGAAGAAGAAUUAAGAAUUCUUGCAGGGAAGCAGCAAAAAGGGAAAAGUAAAAAAGACAGGAAAUACAAUGGUCACAUUGAAAAUAAGCCAUUAACCAUUCCAAAAGACAUUGACCUUCAUCUAGAAACAAAGUCAGUUACAGAAGUGGAUACUUUAGCACUACAUUACUUUCCAGAGUACCAGUGGCUGGUGGAUUUCACAGUAGCUGCUACAGUUGUAUAUGUAGUAACGGAAAUCUACUACAGUUUCAUGAAGCCUACACAGGAAAUGAAUAUCAGCGUAGUCUGGUGCCUCCUGGUUUUGUCUUUUGCAAUCAAAGUUCUAUUUUCAUUAACUACACACUAUUUUAAAGUAGAAGAUGGUGGUGAAAGAUCAGUUUGUGUCACCUUUGGGUUUUUUUUCUUCGUCAAAGCAAUGGCAGUUUUGAUUGUAACAGAGAAUUAUCUGGAAUUUGGACUUGAAACAGGGUUUACAAAUUUUUCGGACAGUGCGAUGCAGUUUCUUGAAAAGCAAGGUUUAGAAUCGCAGGGUCCUGUUUCAAAACUUACUUUCAAAUUUUUCCUGGCUAUUUUCUGUUCACUCAUUGGGGCUUUUUUGACAUUUCCUGGAUUACGGCUGGCUCAAAUGCAUCUGGAUGCCCUGAAUUUGACAACAGAAAAAAUUACACAAACAUUACUUCAUAUCAAUUUCUUGGCACCCUUAUUUAUGGUUCUGCUCUGGGUAAAGCCAAUUACCAAAGACUACAUCAUGAACCCACCGUUGGGUAAAGAAAGUAUCCCUCUAAUGACAGAAGCUACAUUUGAUACUCUGCGACUCUGGUUAAUAAUCCUGCUAUGUGUUUUGCGGUUGGCCUUGAUGCGUAGUCACCUGCAAGCAUAUUUAAACUUGGCACAGAAAUGUGUGGAUCAGAUGAAGAAAGAAGCGGGCCGGAUAAGUACAGUUGAGCUACAGAAAAUGGUGGCUCGAGUCUUUUAUUACCUUUGUGUCAUUGCCCUGCAAUAUGUGGCACCUCUGAUAAUGCUGCUUCACACAACUCUGCUUUUGAAAACACUAGGUAAUCAUUCCUGGGGGAUUUAUCCCGAAACUAUCUCUACCUUGCCAGUGGACAACAGUCUACCCUCCAACUCUCUUUACUCUGAUUUACCACCCACUGAUGGGAAAAUGAAGGUAACUGUUACACAGAUAACAGUGGCACUGAACAGCUUAAAAAACAUUUUUACUCCUCUCCUGUUUCGAGGACUUUUGUCAUUUUUGACAUGGUGGAUUGCUGCUUGCCUAUUUUCUACAAGCCUUUUUGGGCUUUUUUAUCACCAAUAUCUGACGGUGGCAUGAAUUUCAUUCACAGAAGGAUAUCCGUGUCACACUUUAAAUUCAAAUAUUUCUGCCCUUGAAGGGCUGACAAAAGAAGAAAGUAAAUGCAAAGGUGAAAAAGAAAACAUUGGAGUAUCUUGUUUUAAAGGCUUCCUCUGUAUUCUCAGGGUGAAUUAAUGUGAUAAUAUUUAAAAUCACAUGGUAAAUUGUUACACUAUUUUAACUCAUUGUAUUAACUAAUAUGACAGGGCUAUCUGCAGGGUAAUACUUCUGAUUACCUUGGUUUACAGUAGAAAGCUCUAGCAGUCUUCAGACUUCUAUGACUCCACUUAUUGAUGCUCUUUGUGGUGUUCAGUUUCUGUUAAUAGUCACGGUGGCAACCUGUAGAUCAGUCUUCAGACUGAACCAUGCUUUAGUGAGGGAAGAGAGCUGAAGUCACUUCUGUUGUUAAUGUAUUA